AUGGAGGGUGAUAAAUAUAAAAAGUUAUAUGUCUACAAUCAUGGGUUUUUAGAACAGCCAUUUUACAGAAGAAACAUGAAUGAUAAAGAUAUUCAUUUGAAGGAAUUAAAAAGAGUGGAUGAAUUUGGAAUAUAUAAUAAUAUAAAUAACAAAAAUAUACAAGUAAGAGUAAAUGAAAAUAAUAAUAAAGAGAAAAAGAAAAAAGAAGUGAAUUACACUUGUGAUAAUAACAAAUACGUUACAUUGAAAAACAAAAUGCAUGUUAACAAAAAUGUAAAUAAUUCAAACAUAAAUAAAAUAAAAAUAGUCCCUAUAAUUAAAUGUAGUAAUUAUAAAAUAAAAAACAAUCCUAUAUCACAUUUGAAAAUGAACUAUGAAAAUACAUUUGUCAAAUUAUCAAAUUUUUCAAACAUAAAAAAUGGUUGUUCCGAUAAGAAUAAUGUAAUGAAUGGAAAAAUAGAUCAACAUAAAUCAGAACAGUUAAAUAAUGAUAAUAUAAAAAAAUUGUUAUAUGAUUAUUGUAUAUAUCGUGAAGAUACUAUAAACACUAAAAAAAAUAUUUCAUAUAACAAAAUGGAUAGUUUUAAAAACAAUGAAGAAAACAUAAAUUACAUGGAUAAUAAUAAUAAUAAUAAUAAUAAUAAUAAUAAGAGUAAUAAUAAUAAUAAUAUUAAAAGUAAUAAUAAUAUUUAUUGUAGUUAUUCAAAUAAAGUCAACCAAAACAAUAUAAAUCAUACACAUUUGAAAACAGAAGUUGUUAACCCAAAAAAUAGUCAUACACAAUAUGGACAAGCCAUAUCAUUACUUGAUGAGUUACAAAAUAAUCAUAAUUCAGUUAAUAAAUUUCAUAAUCAUAUUUAUGAAAAUAAUAAUUCACUUGUCAAUUAUAAAUCUGAUAAAGGCAUAGACCUUCAUAAUAAGAUGAUGAACAUAGAAAAGGAUAAAAAUGAAAUCAUUAAACGGGAGAAAAAGAAACAUGAAGAAAAAUAUUAUAAUAAUAUAUUUUUAAAUACAUUAAAUGAUAAUUCAAAUAAGGCUAUUAUUACUCCUUGUGAUCAUGAAGAAAUGAAAAGAUAUAAAGAAGGGUAUCGAAACAUCACAAGUGAUAUGAUAAACAAAAUUUUUGAAAAGAUGAUGGCUGAGAAAAAAAAUAUAUUAAAAAUGAAAAAUUUCAAUGAUGUUAUUAAAAAAAAGAUUACAAUGGCAAAAGAAAAAAUACUUAAUUCAAAUAGUACAAUUAAUAUGAAAAAGGUUUGUUUUUAUAAUUCUAAGGAUGAGGAUUUAUUUAAUGAAAAAGAAAAUAAUUAUUAUAAAUAUGGUUUAAGUGGGGUAAAGGAAGAAGAUAUAAAUGUAAUAAAAAAUAAUGUAAAAAGUGAUAAUAUAAAUAAUAUUAAAAACGAUAGUGUAAGUAAAAAUAUUCAUAUAAAUAAUAAGAAGAAAAAGGAUGAUUACCCUAUUAAUAAUAGUGCUGGGUUAUUAUUAGAUUUUGAUUUGUGUAAAAGGAAGGUUUUGGAAAUACUUAAAAAUGUGCAAUCAUCAAAAAAAAAAAAUAAGAUUAUAACAAAUAAUAAUCAUAGUAGUGAUAAUAAAAAUUAUCAUAAUAGUGAUAAUAAUAAUAAUAAUGCAUGUAAUAAACUUGAAAAAGAUGAAGAAAAAAAGGAAAAAAAAAAAAUUAAGAAAAAAAAUAAAGGUAAAAAUAAAGGUAAAAAUAAAAGCAAAAAUAAAAGCAAAAGUAAAAAUAAAAGUAAAAAUAAAAGUAAAAAUAAAAGUAAUAUUAUCAAUAAUAAAUAUGAUAAUAUGAAUAAUCAAUAUGAUAACAUGGGUGAACAAAGCAUAAAUAAUGAAAAUAUGGAUAAGCAAAAUGUUAAUAUUCAAAAUGAAGGUAAUGGUUUAAAUAAUAAAAAUAAUGAUCUUUUAAAUGUUUAUAUAUCACCUAAUGUAAAUAAUAAUUCUUUAUCUUCAAUUUGUGAAAAAAAAAAUAAGGAAGAGAACAAAAUGCAUGACAAUAAAUUUCUUAAUAGUAGUAAUAAAAUGAAAUUUCCAGAGAUAACUAUGGAAAACUCAAAUGAUAAAAUGUUAGUAUAUGAUAAUUUAACUGUAUUAAAUGGAAAGGAACAAAAAAGUGUAAAACAAAAAUGUAGCAGUAUAAAAGGAACAGAUUUUUUGAUAGAUCAAUUUUAUGAUUCAUAUAAUAUGAGAAAUGAAAAAAUAAAGGAUGAUAAUGUGCAAGUAGGAGAUAUAUGUAAUGAAAAGGAAAAUAUAAAAAUAAAUAUAAAAAGUAAUUAUGAUGAUGAUAAUAAUAAUGAUGGUGUCAAAACCAACAUGAUUAUAAAAGAUAACAGUUAUGUAAGUACCUUAUCACCUAACGAAAUAAACUUUAUUAGUAAUAAUGAUAAUUGUUUUAAUAGUAAUGAUAUAUCAUGUGAUGAAAAAUAUAUAUCAAAUGAUGUGGAAGAGGAGGAGGAUGAUGAGGAGGAACUUUGUUCAAAUAACAUUCUUGUAAAAGAUAUAGAAGAAAAGAAAAUGUGUGGUAAAUUAUUUUUUGAAGAAAUUUGUGUAUUCAGAAUAAAUGAAAAGAAUGACCCUGAACAUGGAAACCUAAGAAACAAUAAUCACAAUGAGGAUAGUCAAAAGAAGAUGUAUAAUAAUUAUGAAGAUAUACAAAGUAAUAAUAAACAGAGUAUGAACCCUUUUUGUAAAAAAGGUGAAAUCGAGAAGAGCCAAGGGACUAAUUUAUUUUAUGAUAAUUACAUUAACAGUGUGGACAUAACAAAAUUAGAAUUAAAUAAGAAUUGUUAUCAACAUAUUAAUUCUGAAGUUCAGAAUUUAAUUAGAAAAGAAAAUUCCUAUGCAGCCGAAAUGAAUGUAGGGUUAGUGUUUCGGAAGUAUAUUCCUAUUCUGAUAAAUUUGUCAUGUAAUUAUUUGCUUAUAAAAAAGAAUGAAAAGAAUGUGAUUACUUGUAUAUCAUAUACUAACAUUAUAGAUGUAAAAAUUGUAAAGAAGAGUAAAAAAAAUAAGGAACGAUAUUUAUUUAAAAUAGUUUAUGUAUUUAAAAAGAAAGAACAGAAAACUGAAAAAAAUGUAACUCUUUUAUUUCGAGCAAAUUUAAUGGAAAUUUUUGAAAUGAUAAAAAGACGAGUAGAUUAUUGUAUAAUACCAAAUGAAGAUGAUAAAAAUAUUUCAUUACAAGACCAAAAACAAAAAAAAACAAAAAAAAAAAAACAAAAAAAAGAGCAACAGGAGGAAGAAGAAAAAAUGAAAAAAAACAAAAAAACAAAAGAAUAUGUAGAUAUCGAAACGGUAUAUGAAUAUGUAAUAGAAAAAUAUAAAAGAGUACAUGUAUUAUAUUUAGGACGUUUAUUACAGAUUGUUGAAAAAAUUUUUAAAAAAUAUUUAUUAAAAUAUUCAUUUCAUAAAUUAAGAAUACUAUAUGAAUAUAAACGUGAAAUGGAAAAAUUAAAAAAAAAUUAUAUUCAAUGUAUAUAUGAUAUAAGUGACAAAUUAGAAUUCCUUAUAAAAAAAAAAAUGCAACAUUAUUUUAAUCAUAUAAUAAUAAAUAGUUAUGAAUCAAGUUUUAUUAACUAUCAAAUCAAGACAAAUGACAUGUUAUAUAAUUUACUUUUAAAAGAAAAAUCUGCUUACCAAGAUCACUUAGGAAAAAAUUAUAUUUUAAUAUUAUACAAGGUAUUACUUAGUAUGUAUAAGAAAAAAAUGAUUAUCUAUUUUAGAUCUUUUGUAUACAAUAAUAUAAAUGUAAGUAAGAAAAAAAAUGCGUUUGCAUAUACAUUAACUCGUGUAAAUAGUAUUUUAGUUUUAUAUGAAAGACGGAUUAAAGCAUAUAUUUUUUCCAAAUUAAAAUUUAAUUAUGAUAAUGUAUCAUAUUUUUGUUUUAUUAUGUAUAAAAUAUAUUUAAGAAGAAUUUUUUAUGGAUAUAUACGCAUACGAGAUAAUCGUAUGAAUAUUAAAAAUAUGAUUGAAAAAAAUGUUUACAGACUUGUUAAAUUAAUUUCAAAAAUAAGUGAUAAUCAUAAAUAUAAUGCAUUUUUAAAAUUACAAAAAUAUGUUUAUGAACAGAAUGAAAAGAAAAAUAAAAUGAUAUGUGAUAAUUUAAUAUAUGCAAAUAAUGAAUUAUGUAAUAAUCUAGACAAAAUAGCUAUUGAAAAAGGAAUUAAUCAAAUAGAUUGUUUAAUCAAAUUUAAACGAAAAGAAUGUCUAAUGAAAUAUUUCUAUACAUUAAAAGGUCCACAAAUUAAUACUGAACGAUUCUAUUAUUGUAUAAGAUAUUGUAGUAUCUUUUCAUUUGUAUUAAAUAAAAUUAUACAGAAGAAAGUGCAACAUAUUUUUUUCCAGUUUGUACUUAAAACAUUGCAACGAAAUAAUAAAAAUAGAUUAACACAUGCUAUCAAAUUAUUACAAGUGUUAAUACACAAAAAAGAAAAAAAAACUGUUAUAGAUUUAUUACAAUUAUAUGACAAAUAUCCAUAUAUAUUUCAAUACAAAGAUUUGACAAAGAUAGAAGUUUUUGUUAUAUGUGUACAAAAUUUUGUAACUGUAUAUAACAGAAAGUUGUUAUUAAACUUUUUAUUAAAAUUGCAUUAUUUAAAAUAUCAAGAGCAAUUUAUGAAAACAUAUAAUGGUAUUGGAAGUAUAUAUAAAUUUGUUCAUGUCCUGGACAAGAAGCUCAUGAAAAAUAUACGUGAGGCAUUCCGUUUAAUAUUACAAAAUGAUAAAUAUCUAAGAGGAAAAAUGGACAUGAAGAAGAUGGAACAGAUGGAUAUGAAGAUGGAGAGAAUUGAUGUGAAUAUGGAAAAAAUUGAUAUGAAGAUGGAACAAAUGGAUGUGAAUAUGGAACAAAUGGAUGUGAAGAUGGAUCAAAUGGAUGUGAAGAUGAAAAGAAUGAGCAAGAAGAAAGGAAAACAAAUACAUGUAAAUUACAAUAAUAAAGCAUCUUCUUCAUCUUCUCCUUCACCUAUGUUACGUUAUAAUAAAUAUAACGACAUGUCAUCGAAUUCGGCAAGUCUUAUAAAGAAGUAUCCAUUCCUUAUAUACAAUUCGGAAAUAUCUCCGGACUGUACAACCAUGGCAGAUGAUAAAUUAUCGUUACCAUCGAACGACUCGGUUACACACAUAUUUUCCUACGCAUACGAAGAUAUGGAUAAGAUUAAGAAAAAAAUAUAUGAGUUCAAUAACAAAAUGAACAAUCUUGAUUUGUAG